AUGAUAAUACUGGCUUACCAUACGAAGACAAACUAUGCUUCUUUCGUUGUUUGGCCCCUACACCGUGGUUGUCAUCCCCAUAACAUAGAACGUGAUUCUCACCAUUUUUAUGAACAAUAUUCGGAAGAUGACAAUUUUGACGGCGUGACAUUCGAAGAGCUCCCAGAGUUGGAAAAGUUAUUCGAGUUGAACAUUUACCUGUAUCGCCUUACAGAGCUACAUGACGAAGGUGACGAUACGACCUCCAGUGCGGCUCAACUCAUACAACGCUCCCACCGUAGCUACGGCAAUUCGAUGUACCUGAACCUUUACGGCAGCCACUUCAGCUAUAUUAAUAAUUUGGCCAUGUACUCCAAGUCUUACUGCUGUUCCAAAUGUGACAAAAUGUCGAAAACGGCCAAAUCCUUAAACCAACACGACAAAAGCUGUGAAGCGACUGUACGACAUGUUUUCCCUGGUGGCGCCUAUAAAGUUCCACGAACCAUCGUCGAUUUGUUGGCCGAUGAAGGUAUCGAGAUCCCUGAAGACCUCAAGUACUUAUCUUAUCGUGCCACCUUUGACUUUGAAUGUUACUUCAAACGCGAAACCGAACAAUCAAGAAAUACAGCAAAGUUAACGUGGGAAGCACAACAUAUCCCGUUGAGUGUCUCUGUUCGCUCCAACGUCCCUGGUUAUGAUCAACCCAAAUGCUUCGUCUCGUCUGGCAGUACAAGUGAAAUGAUCCAAGAAUUCGUGGAAUAUUUGGUUGAGGUCAGCCAAGAAAGCUAUGGAUUGUUGCUAGACCAAGUCUCUGACGUUUUUCGUCAAAUUGAUGAACGAGUCAAUGAGGUAUAAUUCACACGUAUUAGAUUCUCACAGGCCGUAUUAUAUUUCUUAUUCUUAAUAUUUUUUCUUAUAUCUUUAGGUGGGGGGAAACGAAGAGGUUAUGGCAGUUGCCGUGGGGGAGGAUAAUGAGGUAAAUUAUAGGAAGGUUAUAUUUGCACUUAUAUUCUUUAUAUUCUAAUAUAUCUUAUGUUUUAGCAAAAUACAGAGGAACAGAUGAUUGAGGAGAUGGUGGGAUGUUUGAUGGGGCUGAAUAGCGAGGUAUAUAACAUAAUGUUUGAACUCAACAGUGGUCUUUGCUGUGCUUACCAUAUGUGUGCCUUUUAGGUGAGUGAAGAUGCGUGUGGGGUUGAUGAAGACGAUGCGAAUAAAGAUAAAGUCGAUGAAGAGAGACUGAGAGA